UUGGAGAGGUGGGAAAACACCAGUGACUUCUCCUCAGUGUACAGCAGCACGCGCACCCGGGGCCCAGAUGGAGAAAUCUAAAAACUUCCGCAUCGACGCGCUGCUCGCAGUCGAUUCUCCCAAAGUGCAGACCUCUCCUCUGGCUCUGGUAACUUCCCUGUCUUCCUCUUCCUCUUCCUCCAUCUCCAUCCCCACGUCUGGCUCCAUGGACUCUUUACGCGCAGACUCUUUACGCACAGAAACACCGUCUCCACCGAGGAUUUCCAACUGCGGCUUGAUCCCCAAACCCGGUUUCCUGAACAGUCCGCACAGCAUGCUCGGAUUACACCCGCAGAGCACCGCAGGGAUCCCCACGCAGGCUCUGUACGGACACCCCAUGUACACCUACUCUGCUGCGGCUCUAGCAGGCCAGCACCCCGCCCUGUCCUACUCCUAUCCGUCCCAUCACCACCAUAAUGAUCCCAUCAAACUGACCGCCAGCACCUUCCAGCUGGACCACUGGCUGCGCGUCUCCACGGCCGGGAUGAUGCUGCCCAAAAUGUCCGACUUUAACUCUCAGGCGCAGUCUAACUUGCUCGGUAAGUGCAGAAGACCCAGGACUGCUUUCACCAGUCAGCAGCUGCUGGAGCUGGAGCAUCAAUUCAAGCUGAAUAAGUACCUGUCACGACCGAAGCGCUUUGAAGUGGCGACCUCCCUCAUGCUGACAGAAACCCAGGUUAAAAUCUGGUUCCAGAACAGACGCAUGAAGUGGAAGCGGAGCAAGAAGGCCAAAGAGCAGGCGGCUCAGGAGGCCGAGAAGCAGAAAGGCGGUAAGGGAGGCCAGGAGAAAUCUGACGGACUGGAUCAGUCGGAAUAUAAGAGCAAGACGGACUCAAAAAACGGCAGAAUCAGAGACUUUAGAGACAGUGACGACGACGAGGGAGACACCUUCCUGUACAACUCGUCAGACUGCUCCUCAGACGACGAGACGAACCACACCAGUGAUAUCAGUCCGCAGCCUUGAAGCUGGGAGAAAGUGGAGAUUUGUAAUGACUGUGGGGGGGUUUCGCUAUAAAAAAAAGUGCAUGCAAUCCAACCUCUGAUCACUCCGUGGAGCUUUAGUCAUAAAGCAGCAGAUUUAGGGUUUAUUUGAGCAGCAUCACUCCACUGUAAACUGUUGCAUGGCUUUAAUGCAAGCUGCUGUGGUUUCAUCAGCUUCCAGUAACACCUCACAGAUCACUCAGUGAAAGUGAUGUUAUUUUGCUCCUCGUGGUGUCCCGUAGCUGAAAAAAUGUUAUGUUUAUUUUUCUACACUGUAUU